UGACCAAGCACUUUUUAGCACUACAAAUUGACAUCCAACCCUUCACAUUUUUCUCAUUCAACAUCACUUGUGUUCCUUUUCUCUUGUUCCCUACUAUACUCUCUCCUUCUCUUCCCUCUCUUUCUACUCUCCUGAGCUCCAAAGCCAUAAACACAAAACCUUAUCUACAAAAACUUUCCAUAAAACACACAGAAAACUUCAAUUUUGUGUUCCCAAAUCUUUUGAACCAUACUUUUCUUUUAAGUACUUAAUCAUAUCUAGCUCCUUUCACUAUGGCAACCCUAAUACAAUCAUGUGUUGAAACACAAUUCAUUGAAACAACAACAGUGAGGCUCAAGGUUAAUAAUGCUUCACCACAACACUCCUUGGAGAUGAAGAACAACAACAAGAAGGUUGAAAACCUAGGUGGUUGGAGCUUCCUCCAAUCACUAUCCAAUGUUUCAUCAAACAACAAAGAAAAAAUGGAGAAAGAAAAAGCCUAUGUUCAUCCAUUGACAACAAAGCAAUAUUCAUCAUUCUCAUCAUCAUCAUCAUCAAGAAGACUUAGUGAGAAAAGCUUGGAAUUAUGCACUGAAAAUUUGGGUUGCGAGACGGGUAGUAGUGACAUCAUGGCUUCCAACAUUUUGUCAUUGUCACCUUCUUUGUCUCCAUCAUCAAAUCCUUCUUCUUCUUCUUCUUCUUCUUCUUCUUCUUCUUCAAUAUUGGAGAAAAUUCAAAAUAUUCCUUCUUCCAAAAUGGAAUAUUCUUAUGAUAAUUCAUUCCCAUCACCAAAAUCAAAUAAGGUGAAUACCAGCAACAAUAAUAACAAUUCAUCUUCAAGAAAAACAUUUCCACCACCUUUGACUACAAUGAGUAAUGGUUCAAGCUCAUUUAAAAUCCGGCCACACCGGGAAGACGGCCGGUUAGUCAUCACCGCCGUGGAGGCACCAUUGAGACAGCCAUGUUUCAAGGCCGAACGGAGUCAAGGCCGGCUAACGUUGACUUUCUUGGAGGAGACUAAGUUUGACUGUGAUGAUGACGUCACGAGGGAUGAGGAAAACGAUGAAAAUGUGGAUGGCGAUGAUUGCGAAGAAAGCGUGGAGCUUGACAACAACGACUUUAGUGUUGUUAAUGAAGAAGGUGAUCGAAAUCGUGAUCAAGAUGGAGAUGAUGAUGAAGAAAGCGGGGCGUAUAUGAGCAAGGUUAUUAAUGGAAAUAUGUUUGAGAUUGAGGUUGAAAUGGGAAUGGAGAAAUUUCAGAGAUUGAUCAACAAUGGUUCUUCUUCUGGUGGUAGGUGCAAUGACAAAGGAUUAUGUAACAGCUGGGAGCCUGCUUUGUGGGUGGCUACUUCCUAAAAUUACCUAUUAAACCUUCUUUUUCUUCUUCUUGUAAUUUUUUUUGUUAAUUCCUUUUUGAAAAUCUCUAAUUAAUUAAUUAUCCGACAAUUUUUUCGGUUGAUUUUGUCCCUUUCCCCUUUCAAUUGGUUUAUUUAUUAUCCAUGUUUGUAAUUGAUCUUUUCCUUGUGAUUGAUUUUGGAUGAUUAUAAUAGUUAAUUCAGAAUUAUUAUUAUUAUUUUUUUGGUUCUUGGUCUCUGUCUUUUGAAGUGAGAUCUUUUGCGCAAUUUCCCAUGUGAAGUUUGGCACCUUUGUGAUUUGAGCUUAAGAAAUUAGUAGAAG